GAGUUAUCUACAAUACGAUGGAAUGAAAUACACUUCCGGAAUGUAAACGAUGCAUUUCCCCACGUAGUGUUCAAGUUUUGAUAAUAUGUUUAGUAUCAAUAGUAAUGCACAGAUUUGAAUUGUUGUAAUACCAUGUCUGAAACUAAUUAUCAUGGUAGUUUAUUGCCAAAACAUGCAAUCUAUCACUCAUCAGGAAUGUUUCCUGUUAAAUCAAAUCAACAAUUAGAUAAAUGUUUGUCGGUGUAUUUGGUAUUUCUGGUAGUGGCCAAGUUCCUGCGAGCAGUCGGCCUUUUUAUCUCGUACGAUUUGUUGAAGAUCAUCCCAGUAGUGCAAUAUCUCUUCAUCAUCAGGUUUUGGAAUGCCAUCCCCCUUUUAGUUCUACAGAAACCAUUUUCUUCAGGGAAGAGAUUAAGUAACCAUCAGUUAUUCCGCGUAUUCCGCCAUGCAGUGGUCGGGGCGUUCAUUAGUCUCCUGUGGUUCUUUGGCCUAACACUCUGUGGUCCUCUGAGAACCAUUCUCCUGUUUGAACAUAGUGAUCUUGUGAUCAUAGCUGGGGCUAGUGCCCUCUUCACCAGCAAUGGAGGAGGACCAGCUAAGACUAGAGGUGCCAUAUUUUUCCUUGUUGCAGUCAUCACUUUACUUCUGUUUGACCAUGAUGAAAAAUUAGAUCACCUUGGUGACCAUGAACCUAAGGAUAAACAUCAUACUAUAUUUUCACAUCUGUUUUACCACACUGUUAAUUUCAUUGGCUGGUCUGAUCACAAGGGAGGUGUAGUUCUACUGGCCUUGACCUUGUGUAUGCAGGUGGGGUAUAACAGUGCUUCUCGUAAACUGUCAGUAGAUGUGGGAGGGGCCAAAAAGUUGCAUGCUCUCUCCACUCUGGCUCAGGCAACAGUCCUCUGUCCCUGGGCAGCCUUUAUCUAUUUCACCAGAGAGUCUGACGUAGAAUCCUGGUGGUAUUUAGUCAUCCCCAUGGGAUUAGUGGUGCUUUUUGUCUUUUUGUUUGACUUUUACAUUGAAGCAGUGGCCUCUAAUCACUUGCAAGGGCCUCAAACAGCUGUAUAUGGCACCUAUGCCAUUUUUAUCAGUGCUCUGUUGCUAGGAGUGACAUGGAAUCAUCCCAUGGUGUCAUGGAUCACCACGGUAACCAAAGAUAUUAUUACCGAGGAUCACGUGUUGUCUGGAGGGGUAGUGUUCAGUUUGAUGACAUUUAUUUUAGCCACAAGUAUGUUAGGAUGGCCAGGCCGAAGCAGCAAGGCAGGCAGUUUUAUUGGCUAUUCCUCAUCAGGGCAGCCACUAUACAGCUUCAACAGUGAUGCCAUCGCUCGCACCUCACACUCCAUAGCUGCCGUGCUGAAAAGUGGCCUGAAGCAUAUUUUGGAGGAGUCCGAUUCCAGAAAAAUAUUUUAUUUCUUAUGUAUCAAUCUAAUGUUUACAUUUGUGGAGUUGGUGUAUGGAGUUUGGACCAACAGCCUGGGCCUGAUAUCAGAUGGUUUUCACAUGCUGUUUGACUGCUCCGCCCUAGUAAUGGGGUUGUAUGCUUCAGUAAUGACACGAUGGAAACCCACUCGUAUAUUUUCGUAUGGCUAUGAUCGGGUUGAGGUCCUGUCAGGGUUCAUUAAUGGCCUGUUCCUGGUUGUGAUUGGCGUCUUUGUUUUCACGGAGGCCCUUGGGAGAUUGGUAGAGCCACCAGAAGUUUCCACAGAACGACUCCUUGCUGUGUCAGUUUUAGGCUUACUAGUCAAUUUGUUUGGAAUCGUCGCAUUCCGAAGCUCACAUUCUCAUGGUCACAGCCAUGGAGGUCAUGGACAUAGUCAUGGGGGUCAUCACCAUGGCCACAGUCAUGGAGGUGAAGGUCAUUUGGAGAGAAAUGCCAAUAUGGAAGGUGUGUUUUUGCAUGUUUUGGCUGACACCUUGGGCAGCGUGGGAGUCAUCAUAUCAUCCCUCCUGAUUGAGAACUUUGGCUGGAAUAUUGCGGAUCCCAUCUGCUCUCUAUUUAUAGCUACUAUGAUCCUGCUGAGUGUCCUUCCAUUGCUGAGGGAGACCUCCUUGAUUCUUCUUCUCCGAACCCCAUUGGACUUAGACACCGAAAUUACAGAAAUUCUGCAGAAGAUCAUGUCACUAGAUGGCAUUCUGACUUACCGCCGCCCCCAUAUCUGGAAUCAUACGUCCUCAAAGCUUUACGGAACGCUCCAUGUGCAGGUAUCUCCUCAAGUCAGUGAACAAAAGAUAGUAGCUCAGGUAACCAAUAUAUUUAAGGAAAAUGGUGUGACAAACUUAGUUGUCCAGGUCGAGAAGGAGUCUUAUUUCUAUCAUCUGUCUGGGCUUGGAGCUAGUUUUGAUCAAACAACAGACUUUGGAAGUAGACCAGAACAAUUUAAAGUGGAGGCAAUCAAAGCGAUAUAACAAAUUAACCAAACAAGGGAGGGGUGUUAUUGUUAUGUACAAUUUUUUUUGCAUUGAGAUGAUUCUCAGAUUUAUACUUUAUCUUAUCUUGUGAUACAGUGUAUAUUGUUUAUUUUAUUUAUUUUAUUAAAUUUUUUUGUCACUUGU